AUGCCAACAAACGCAUACUUUGUGAUUGUUGCAAAAGAUUGCCCGAUCUAUGAGUUGGAAAUUUCAACAUCAAAGCGAACUGAUCAAUCUCAAUUAAAACAAUUCGUGUUACACGCUUCUCUGGAUGUAGUGGAAGAAUUGCAAUGGACCACAAAUAAUUUGUUUUUAAAAUCGAUUGAUAAAUUUAAUGAAUUUAAUAUUUACGGAUUUGUUACUGCUGGAAAUGUUCGAUUUCUAUUACUAUUCGAGAACGACAAGAAAAACGAUGACACUAUCAAGAAUUUCUUCAGCGAUGUUUUCGAGCUCUACAUUAAAAUUCAAAUGAAUCCUUUCUAUGAAUUGUACUCACCAAUCACUUCUCAAGAUUUUGACAAUCGAGUGAAACAAUUAGCCAACAAGUACAUUACGUAA